UUUUUUUUGGUAUGCAACCCAAUAUACACAAAGAAUCACCUCAUAUUAAAAAAUUAUAAUUGAUGAUCUCUGAACAUUAAGUGCAUUAAGCAGUAAAUUCGAAGAUGCAACGUGAUUAUUUAUCGAUUAAUAAUGUCCCAACAAGAAUAUUAACUUGGGGUAAAACUUUAUUGGAUGAUUUCGAUGAAACCGACGAACUGAUUGUGGUUAUAUCUGGAAAUCCUGGUAUAACGGAGUUUUAUAUCGAAUUUUUGGAUCAAUUACAUGCAAAAACGAACGCCUCAAUAUGGAUAUUAUCGCAUGCGGGGCACGAAAUCGUCGAUAAAAAUAAUGUACCUUCUCGACAAGGUAACAAAAAGGUUUACGAUUUAGAAGGACAAAUCAAACAUAAAAGAAUCUUUAUAGAAAAGUACGUUUUACCAAAAGGAAUUAAGUUCAACUUAAUAGGUCACUCAAUUGGUGCAUACAUAAUCUUAGAAUUGCUUAAAAAUGAAACAAUUAACUCAAAAGUGCACCACAACUACUUAUUAUUCCCAACGAUUGAGUACAUGGCAGAAACACCGAAUGGAGUAUUUAUAAUGUCGAUUUUACGACCGUUAAAAUUCCUUUUACUCCCCUUAAUCUAUUUCAUUUAUAUCCUUCCCAUGUUUAUAAAAAUCUUUUUAAUCUCGCUUUACAUUAAAUUCGCCGAUAUACCAAAGCGAUUUAUAAACAUUGUUUUAGAAUUUGUGCAUCCGUACACGUUCCAAAACUUUUGCGAUAUGGGUAUGGACGAAAUGUACACGGUAAGAGCACGAAACGAUGAUAUAAUCAAAGCAAAUUUAGAAAAAAUCACUUUGUAUUAUGGAAAAUCGGAUUGUUGGGUUCCAAUAAGUUAUUACGAUAAAAUUAAAAAAGAAAUUUAUGGAAUCAACGCCCAAUUAUGCGAUAAAAAUUAUAAACACGCCUUCGUUUUACACGAUUCCAUAGAAAUGGGGGAUUUAGUUGGCGAAUGGAUUCAAAAAAAUAAAACUAAUUAAACAAAAAAAAUGUUGAGUCAUUUCAACCCACACUCAAGGACGUUUUAGUGCUUUUUAUGUAAAUAUCGUUAUUGAUUAAACAUUUUUGGAUCAAUA